AUGCUGAAUCCUGCUUCCCCGGUCUCGCCCACCUCCCUGGGCAGGAAACGACCACACCCACCCGCUGAACCCGCACCACCGCGACAGCAGCAUGCGUCUCGGGAGGGCGCCGCCAAUACGCCCCGCGCCGCCGCCGCCGCCGCCACAACAUCAUCUUCCUUUCGGAAUGUAUCUGCCUGCAACCGCUGCCGGCUGCGCAAGAACCGCUGCGACCAGCGCCUUCCACGCUGCCAGUCGUGCGAGAAGGCCGGUGUGCGCUGCGUUGGAUAUGACCCGAUCACGAAACGAGAGAUCCCCCGCAGCUAUGUCUAUUUCCUCGAGGCCCGUGUCGCCUACCUGGAGAAGAUGUUGAUGGACCAUCAGAUUGAUUUUGAGGAGGCUGUAGCCUUCAACGAAGAAGAGGCCAUUAAGGUCGAAGCGGGCUACGACCAGGCUCAGCCACAGAUGGUUGCUUCGGAAGGAUCAGUGAAUGCGGAGGCGGCUUCUACUACCACCGCUACCGCCACAUCCGACAAAGACAAGCGGACCCGAUUGAAGGGUGAGAAAGAUGCGCUUGUCCCGAGGUCUGGGAGGAACUCGGAGAGUGGGCAGGAGUCGGAGAACAACUACCAGGAUCACGAGAAGGAGGACAAUUGGCGCAUUCACAAUCUCGUGUCGAAUAUUGGCAUGGUGUCGGUGCAGGGGACCUCUGAUCCCCGAUAUCUAGGGUCGACUUCUGGUAUCUCUUUCGCUCGCGUCGUGUUCGCUGCGGUGAAGAGCUCCGUGUCGGGGAAUGUAGCAGAGCGCGGUCCUAUGCGGCCCAACGAACGCCUCCCGCACAGUGCCACAGGGACCGCAGGAAGCACCAUGCGGGACUCAUUCUUUGGCCUCCAGACACGGCCGAUGAUGAAGUGCGCGGCGUUUCCCGAACGGGAAUUAGCGGAGAAGCUGGUCAGCCUCUAUUUCGAGCACGCGAAUCCGCAGAUGCCCAUCCUCCACCGCGCUGAUUUUAUGGAAAUGUUGGUUCGCACGUACUCUGUCGAUGAAAAGGACCGCUCCCCUCGAAGUCUCUAUACCCUGAACAUCGUUUUUGCCAUCGGUGCAGGCAUCAUCUUUGAAGAUAAGGCCGCCUCGGACGAAGAGGAAGGCAAAUCAAGCAACCGCAGUCGUUCACCCUCGUCAUCUACGUCAAAACGACCGCGACUUUCAGGUCAUCAAUAUCAACCCGAAGAAUAUCAUGCAGCGGCCAUCAUCCACUUGGAAUCAUUCCUUGGCGCCUCUUCGACCAACGACGGGUUCGGAGCACUGGAGGAGCUACAAGCUGUCCUGCUGCUGGCCAGUUUCGCGCUUCUUCGGCCCGUUGCGCCCGGGCUGUGGUAUAUUGUUGGGGUGGCUAUGCGGCUGGCAGUCGACCUGGGGCUUCAUUACGAGGAUGGGACCGGUAUCGACUCGGUCGGUGAUGAGAAUCUGGACCGCUCAUCAGUCAAGACGGAGAACAAAGCCAAGCUGCGUGUGCACACCCGCGAGCGUGGACGCCGAGAGUGGGUUCGCGAUCUUCGCCGGCGACUGUGGUGGUGUGUCUACAGCUUCGAUCGUCUCGUCAGUUGUUGUGUUGGCCGGCCCUUCGGGAUCAGUGACCAAGCGAUCAGUACUGAGUUCCCGUCCCUUCUGGAAGACAAAUACAUCACCAAGUCCGGCAUUGUGGCACCGCCGGAAGGAACCCCGAGUUACAAACAUGCAGCUCACCAUUACUUCAAAUUGCGCGUGUUGCAAUCCGAGAUCCAGGAUGUCCUCCAGCACCAGCAGGCGCGGUUCGUCCGCCAGAAGGUCCCUUAUGCGGCUAAUACUGUCAUCCGCUCGGACAUGGCCUCUCCCUUCCUCCAAGGCUUUGAAUCGUUCCGCUCAUGGCGCAAGGAUAUCCACAGGCGAUUGCAGGAGUGGCAGGAAAGCGCGCCCACCCGCCGCGAGACCGGCGUGCAGUUUUCGGUCGAAUUUCUCGAGCUGAAUUAUUGGCAAGCGGUCAUUAUGCUAUAUCAGCAGAGCUUGACAGUCCCUGCAGAACUUGCGUCGGAAUUGACGCCGGCGGAUGAUGUAUCUAGCCCUUCAUUCUCAAACGUGGACGACGCCGACGAUGAAGACGACAUAUAUUACAAGGUCGCGGAAGCGGGACAGAAGGUUAUACGUAUCUAUAGGCAGAUGCAUCGUGUUCGGCUAGUGAAUUAUACCUAUCUCGCUACGCACCAUAUUUUCAUGGCGGGUAUCUCAUUCUUAUAUGCCAUUUGGCACUCGCCGUUUGUGCGAAGCCGUUUGACCCUAGAUGAAGUGGAUUUCACUGUCCUCGCCGCCACAUCCGUCCUUGGUGACUUGAUGCGCAAGUGUCCACCCGCCGAGGCCUGUCGGGAUGCUUUCGAACGAAUGAGCAAAGCCACCGUCCAGAUGAGCCUCUCGACCACCGGAUUUGGGUCUCAGGUCGAUUUGAGUCAAUCUCGAAACCCACCUGCUCAGCAAAAUGCUGGUUAUGACAAUCGUCUACGGCAAUCUGGAAGAGCACAGCGCCCUCAUCAUUCACGGCGGCAGAUACAGACCCGUCAAUCUCGACCUCUGCCAAGGUUCGACAUGAACCUUGGUGAUCUCUUCAGUGACCCUGGCCCCCACCCUGAGCGCGCCAACAGUGGCAUAAGGAAGCCAGUGCAGCCUUAUCCAAUGCGAACCGAAUAUCCUGAGUCCUCGACGCCCAGCUUCGGCUCUGACUUCCCUCCCCGACCUCACCCUCAACGCACCCCGCCCAUGGAAUACUACGGCGGUUACGAAAAUCCUGUCUCGCCACAAGCGCAGCAGCAGCAAUUCUACUACUCGAACUCUCCGCAGCAGAGCGUGUCCCCGAACGGCGCCGGCCCUACUGCGGGCCAGCCUCAAUUCCCAGCCAGCGACGCAGAAAAUGCGGCCGGGAUUGGUCUUGAUUUCUUGGAAUUUGAGUCCACCGGCGCAGAGAACACCGUUUCCGUUGUCGGUUCAGAUGGUAACCCCGAGUCUAAUCUCACAGCCAUCCCCUCGUUGGGCCACGGGGUCGGCCACAGCGUUGGAAUCGAUCUCGGAUUUGGCAUGGCGGUUGACUUCCAGCAUGAUUGGAGCGAAAACGCCAACUAUGACAUGCUUGAAGGAUACUUUUUUGGCGGGUCUGGAGGGAACCCCCCCGCGGAUGGGUAA